AUGAAGCGACCCGCGUCGGCCAAGCUGGACCCACUCCAGUCCUACUGCGACCAGGUGCAGGAGGGCCUCGAGUCCUCGAAGGUCCCGCCAGCGGUCACAAGGAUGCUGUCCGGGAUGGUCAGGUCUGCCUUGCUCACCAGCAAGGACAAGCGCCACAAGUACCAAGCCUCUGUGGUCCAGAUGGUCACGGACACCAUCCAGGGUGUUGGGGAGGACUUCGAGCAAGCGAUUGCAGAUCAAAAGUCCAAGAUCACGAACUCCGACACGGAGCGUGCGGAAAGGGAAGCGGCGGUCAAAGCAGCCAAGGAGGACUUCGAUGCGAAGAAGCUGCUGACCCAAGAGAAGAAGUAUGCACUUGCUGCUGACGCACAGGCUUUCAAAGCUGCCAAGGAGGGCAUCUCCAAAGCUCAGGCGGCAAUGCGUGAAGCUGACAAAGACCUACUGGAUCGGCAAAAGGCCAAGGAGAACCUCGAAUCGAUUGUGACAGAUCUAGUCACGCCGCUGGUUCAAGGAGCCGUCACUGGGGACGACGCUCGGCGAAGUGCGGAGAACCUCCUCUCCUCGCUGAAGAAGCUGGCCCUCCUGGACGAGUCUCUGCUGACGGCGAUCCCAGAGGCCAUCACGAAGGAACCGGCAAUGCGGGGUGCUUUCGACACAAGCGUCGUGUCGGGCCUGCAAGAGGAGUUGGAGCGCCGUCGGGUGGCGGUCGCACAAGAACUGGCAGCCUCCACGCCCCAGAAGGAGCAGCGAAAGGGCGAGCUCUCGCAAGCCGAGGCAGCCUUCGAAGAUGCCAAGGCGAAGCAGCAUGUCGGUGCUGAGGCAUAUACUGAAGCCAGAGCAGCCCAAUCUACGGCGGAAGCCAGCGUGAAGCAAGCACAGAAGGCUCUGUCCCAGCUGGAUCCGCAAGUGAAAGCCUUGCAGAAGGAUCUCAAGAAGCUCGAGGCAGAGCUUGCUGACUUCUAUGCGGGGCCUCGAUCUGCCCUUGCCGAGCUUUCCGAGAGGAUCGAGCCGACAGAGCCGGAGGAAGUCACGGAGCAAGCAGAUGCAUGA